CUUCCUCUUCUUCUUCUUCUUCUUCUUCUUCUCUCUCUCUCUCUCAUUUUCUGCAAUUUAUAAGUUUUUUGCUUCGGUUCUCCGCACGUAAAAUCUUCAUAUCUCUGUUUCUUGUUCAUUGAGUUUUGGCUUUUACAAGGGCUUUUGUUGGGGGGUAUUGUUGCUUUUAUUGAUGUUUGUGUUUCUGUUAUUGAAAAGGUUUUGGAUCCGAUAAACAUACAUUUUGAAGAUUUUGCUGGCGUUUGGUUGUUUUGAAAAAGGUUUCGCAUUUGAGCUCAAUAACAGUUUUCAGGAGUUUUCCACUUGAUGAACCGCUGUCCACCCAAUACUGACAAGAAAGCUUUGAAGCGGUGGUUUUUCAUUGACAAGAGGGUCAGACAAAUUUUUUUUCUGAAAUCAACUUCUUUGCAUUUGCUUGGACCAAGUGUCAACCAUCAUAUAUUUGAGGUGAUAUCUUUCUCAACAAGCACGAAAUUGAUGGACAUCAAAUCAAAUCACAACGCUCCUGUUCUCACUGGUACUGCACCAAUGAACAAGUCAAGAUUAGGCAUUCAUUCUAGUCUUUACUCACCUCCGGGUGUAGUUUUUUCUCCUGGACGCAUCUUAACAAUCCCAAGGAGGAAACCUGUUAAACUUGAUGAUGUGUGGUCCAGCUCUUGGCUGGAUGCGAUGAAAUCCUCAUCUCCUACCCACAGGAAGAAAGCUAAAAAUUCUGGCAAUGAGAUGGCAUCAACUGAUACUGAUGUUGCUUAUCACAAUUGGAUGCUUAAGUAUCCCUCAGCACUUGCGUCUUUUGAGCAAAUAAUAAAUAAUGCAAAGGGCAAGAGAAUAGCAUUGUUUCUGGAUUAUGAUGGGACGCUUUCCCCUAUUGUAGACAACCCAGACUGUGCCGUCAUGUCUAAUGCUAUGCGUGCUGCUGUGAAGAAUGUGGCACAAUAUAUCCCAACAGCAAUCGUCAGUGGAAGAAGCCGUGACAAGGUGUAUGAGUUUGUAGGACUGAAAGAACUCUACUAUGCCGGUAGUCAUGGGAUGGACAUUAUGGGCCCUGUCCGGCAAGGGUCUAAUGAUCAUCCAAACUGUAUUAGGUCCACUGACAAGCAGGGUAAGGAGGUGAACUUGUUCCAACCUGCUAGUGAAUUCUUACCUAUGAUCGAUAAGAUUUAUAGGUCCCUUGUUGAGACUACUAAGUCAAUUGAAGGAGCAAAAGUAGAGAACAAUAAGUUUUGUGUCUCUGUACAUUACCGUAAUGUGGAUGAGAAGCAUUGGAAAACAAUUGCACAAUAUGUCCAGGAAACACUAAAGGACUAUCCUCGUCUACGAUUGACACAUGGGCGGAAGGUUUUAGAGGUCCGGCCUGUGCUUGAUUGGGAUAAGGGUAAAGCUGUCGAGUUCUUACUUGAAUCCCUGGGCUUAAGUAAUUCUGAUGAUGUGCUCCCAAUUUAUGUUGGAGAUGACCGGACUGAUGAAGAUGCAUUUAAGGUUUUGAGAGAUGGAAAUUGUGGUUUUGGCAUCUUGGUGUCUUCUGUGCCUAAAGAAAGCAAAGCAUUUUACUCUCUCAGGGACCCAUCAGAGGUCAUGGUGUUCCUCAAAUCACUGGUAGUAGCGAAGAAAUCAAGUUCACUAUAAAUAUGAUAUACCGAGAAGAGCAUACUCUAAUUUAACAAACACCAACAUUUUAAAAAAAGAUACAUAUACAUAUAUAUAUUCUGAGAUUUACAAAAUCAAAAUGGUUUCACAAUGAAGAGCUUCAUUUUUUUAUUUCUUUUAAUUCUCUGUAAAUUCUUUUUCCUAAUAUUUCCUAAUAUCUCUCAGUAUUGGCUCCAAAGUAUAUUAGUCAUUUAUUUUUCUUUUUCUUGUCCCUAGUUUUGGCUGCUGAAUCUCCAUAUGGGUUAUACGUGGAAAUGUAUUCAUUUGUUAAUUUUUUUUAUUAUGUAAAUGCAAAUUUCUAUAUAUAUUUAUACAGAAUUUUAUACA